AUGCUUUAUUUGACAACAGCAUUUGCUGAGCAAGAAGCAGCAGCAGAAGUUGGGGAUGGAGUAAUGGCUUCAAAUCUUCAAUUGGUACAACAAAGUUUAUUUUGGCAACAGACUACAAGGCAAACACUUUAUAUUUUUUAUCUAAAAUUUUUCCGAAAUUACAGAUGGAUAAAAUAUGAGCAAUGCAUUGAAGGUGGAGGAACACGCUUUUCCCGUCCUUAUAUUACGCUGCUUAGUAUUGCUGCUAUUAUGCAGGUAAAAAAUUGUUUACGUCGUGGCCUUGUUCUUCUAGAUUCAAGUGCAAACACGUUUGUUCGCGUUUGUGAUCAACUCAUUGAACAAUGGGUUAUUCACGGCCAACUUGGUUCUGAUGAGGCUCUACAAAAUUUGGUUAAGGAAAUUUUAUUUGCACCAAAAUUGCAUUUGGUUGGAGGAAAAAUGCGGAGAGUAUAUGAUGGUGAUGGUAAUGAAUUCUUUUAGUUUACUAAAGUACUUAUUUUUAAUUAG